GCCAAUCACACGCGCCGCUCUCGACUCAUCCUGAGCGCGUCUUGGCGGCGCCACAGCACGCUAACUUUUUGCGAUCGGCGCGGUGUGUAGGCGAGGAAGGGUGUAUGGGGAGUGGGUAUAUAAAGCGCGCGAGAAGGGGGUUGCGGGUGCGGACAACGAUAUUUGACGCACGCGGGAUACGGUGCUGCGAUUGAAGGUACGGUGGUCGGGUUGCUUCUGAGGUUGAGGCUGAGUCUGACGAGUGAGUUCAAGAUCGAGAUUAAGAUUAAGAUUAAGAUUAGGCGAAAGCGAAAGCGAAAGCAAGAGCGUAAGACAAAGAGCAAAGGCAAGAGAAAGGUCAGUAGCAGCUAUGGUGCGCAGAGGCAAGGAGAAAGGAACCGAGACGCCGGAGGAACAUCCAGGCGGCGGCCACAUUGUGGUCACGGCGCAGCAGUCUCGGUAUGCGUUGGAUGCGUUGGAUGCACCUGCUUCGAAGGAGAUCCUUAUCAAAGACCUAACAAUCUCCGUCGCCAACCGCGAACUCCUGUCACGCACGACCCUCCACCUCGUCGAAGCACGCCACUACGUCCUCGUCGGCCGCAACGGCACCGGGAAAUCUACCCUGUGCAAAGCUAUCGCCGACGGGCUGGUGCCCGGGAUCCCGUGGAGCACACGGAUCCUGCUGCUGGGCCAGACGCGAGACGAGGAACAAGAGAUCGGGGACGAGGGCGUGAUCGAGAAGCGCGAGGCGGAGACGGUGCUCCAGCAUGUCGUAAGGAGUGACCGCGUGCGCGAGCGGUAUACGCGCGAGGCCCGGAUGCUGGCCGAGGCGUUGGAGGCGGGGGAUGGGAUGGCGGCGGUGCGGGGGGUGCGAAGGAUCAGAGCGGAGCGCAUGAAGGAGCGAUUGAAGGAGGGACAUCGGAUUGCGGAGAGGCGCAGUGGGGCCAGGGGCAAACUGGCGCGGAAGGAGCUGAUUCGGCUGGAGGAGCUCUGGGAGGAGGCAAAGCUGGCGGUGGAGGAAGGCGAGGCUGAAGUCGAUGCCACGCGUAUGGCCGAGGAUACGCAGGCGGCAGCGGAUCUGCUGGCGGGGGUGCAGGGUGCGCUCGAGCUGAUGGACGCGGCGGCAGCGGAGGCGAAGGCGAGGCGGGUACUGCUUGGGCUGGGGUUCAAGGAGGACCGCAUCGACCAGCCCAUGUCGCAGUUGUCAGGCGGGUGGCAGACGCGGUGCGAUCUUGCAUGUGCGCUGACGCAGUAUGCGGACGUGCUGUUGCUGGAUGAGCCGACCAACUUUCUGGACCUACCUUCGAUCAUCUGGCUGCAGGACUACAUCAACGACAUGACGAAUACGACAAUCCUCAUCACCACGCACGACCGCGACUUCGGCGACGCUGUGGCAGAAGAGUUGCUUCUACUGCGCAACCAGGUGCUUGAGACGUUUCGCGGCAACCUUAGCCUCUAUGAAAGGGAGAAGCACAAGAAGAUCAGACACAUGACGAGGAUGAAGGACGCCAAGGACAAGCAGAAGAAGCACAUUGAGAAGUCAAUCGCGGGCAACAUCAAGGCGGCCAAAGACAAGGGCGACGACAAGAAGCUGAAGCAGGCGGCGUCGAGGCAGAAGAAGCUCGACGAGCGCUGGGGCGUGGAGGUGGGUCUCAAGGGCGGGCGGUUCAAGAUCAACCGCGACCUCGGGGGCUACCACCUCACGUCCAGAGCGGAGGUCGAGAUACCAGACUUUGAGCCACCUGUGAAGCUGACGUUCCCGCGGCAGCCCCCAGAUCUGAGGUUCCCGGGAGCGCUGGUGAGCAUGGACAAGGUGACGUUUGCGUAUCCAGGCGCGAAGCGGGCCCCGACGCUGAUCGACGUGUCACUGACAAUACAUCCUGGGACGCGAACGGGCCUCGCGGGGCUCAACGGUUCCGGAAAGACAACGCUCGUGUCGUUGAUCGCGGGCAGCCUCGUGCCAACGUCGGGAUCGAUAACGAAGCACCCACGGGCUAGGCUCGGCCGCUUCUCGCAGCAGUCGGUCGAAGAGGUGACAGCGAUAGCGGCGGCGGACCCCAGACUCACGGCGCUGCAGCAUAUCAUGGAGCACGCGGGGGCUGAGAUGGAGGAGAAAGAAGCGCGGCAGAUUCUCGGCGGGCUGGGGCUGCACGGCCAGACCGUGUCUGACGUGCCGCUUGCUCUGCUGUCAGGCGGUCAGAAGGUCCGGGUCGCGCUGGCGAAGCUGCUGUGGCCGCCGCCGCAGCUGCUAAUCCUGGACGAGGUGACUACGCACUUGGACGCGGACACGAUCCUGGGGUUGAUUCUGGCGCUGCGGGAAUACGACGGGGCGCUGCUGGUUAUUACACACGACCGGUUCUUCAUGAGGUACGUUGUCACGAGUCGGGGUGGUCUAAUGAGGCAUGAGCGCGGUCAGAAGAGGCAUGCGCGGGUGGUCAGAAGCGGCAUGAGCAGCAGCGGUCAGAUCGGCGUGGGCAGGCGCGGCCGAACAGGCAUGAUUGGCGUUCGCGGGCUAACAGUGGCAGGACCGUAGUGGAGGGCGCGUC